ACGCGUCUACAAGGAAGUACGACAUUACAAACAGCGAGGGUCCAGCUGCUGUUCUGUUUUGGUAGCUGGAGUUUUACAAAAGUGGACACUGGGUUUAUUUUAGUCGAAGCAUAAAAUAAACGAGUGACUUCGUUAAAAAUGAGCUUCGCGGUUUUAUCGUAUGAGGCUUUGGUUCAUGCUGUAUCAGGAGCGAUGGGCAGUGUGACUGCCAUGACAGUGUUCUUCCCUCUUGAUACCGCCAGGCUGAGGCUACAAGUGGAUGAAAAUAGGAAGGCCAAAUCAACUCCAGCCAUUCUGGCUGAAAUUAUCAAAGAGGAAGGACUAUCCGCCCUGUACAGAGGCUGGUUCCCGGUCAUCUGCAGCCUGUGCUGCUCCAACUUUGUGUACUUCUACUGCUUCCACAGCCUGAAGGCUAGCUGCCUGAAGGGAAAGCAGUCGACACCAAGCACUGACUUACUCAUAGGCGUUGCAGCAGGUGUUGUAAACGUGCUGCUCACCACUCCUUUGUGGGUGGUCAACACCAGGCUGAAGCUUCAGGGUUCCAAGUUUCGCAAUGCAGAUAUACGACCCACCAACUACUCUGGCAUUCUGGAUGCGUUUGCUCAGAUCGUCCGUGAUGAGGGCGUGGGAGCACUGUGGAACGGGACCUUCCCGUCCCUGCUGCUGGUGCUGAACCCGGCCAUCCAGUUCAUGAUUUACGAAGGCCUGAAGAGGCAGCUGAGGAGAGGAGUUCCCAGGGAGCUGUCAUCUGUUGAGUUUUUCAUGAUCGGCGCAGUUGCCAAAGCGGUUGCCACCAUUGUUACGUACCCGCUGCAGACCAUACAGUCCAUUCUCAGGUUUGGUCAGUUCAGCGAGUCAAAGAACGAGUCAAAACUACUGUCCAGCAUACGGACUAUCAAGUGUCUGUUGGUCAACAGAGUCAGGAGGUAUGGCAUGUUGGGUCUGUUUAAAGGCCUGGAGGCCAAGCUGCUGCAGACGGUGCUGACUGCUGCACUCAUGUUCCUUCUCUAUGAGAAUAUUGCCAGCUGCACCUUCAGAGUUAUGGGACUGAGCAGCAAGCACUACAAGAGACGCUAGCUCUAGCUUCACAACCAUGAACAUUUGACCACAUUAAAGCACUGACUGACUGCAC